AUGGAGGAGUUCGCAAUUUCUCGCAUGUCGAUGUCCGUAUGGCAAAAAUCAUCAACCACAAAAAGACAAACAGAUACAAACAAACGAAACAACAAAAGUCAAAUGAAAGAAUUAUUACAAUCCCUGUGCAUAACACUCGCAGCACUGGGCUCUCUUCAAAGCGCGAACAGCGAAUAUUUGGAUAUGGACGGAUGGACAGCCGACAAACACUGGGCUGUUGGAGACAUCAACUGCACCCACGGGCUUCGCGAGUUCAAUAGACAUACACAAAAACAAGUCUACACAGUCGGGGUACACGCUCCAGCGGGCAUUGACAAAGCAUGGAACGAGUUCAACAUGACUUUCGAGACAUACUUGACAGAAGUCGUCGGAAAGCGCUUUGAUCCUCCCAUCGAAUUUCAGAUGAAGCCAUCGGAGUGGCCUUUGCUGGACUGGAUUGAUAAUGCUGAAGAUGUGGACUUUAUGUAUUCUGACACAGGUCUAUACUCCUGCAUCGGUACAGAGAUUGGAUCCCAGCCACUUGCAACAACCAUUUCAAGUCUGGAGUCAAGGGGCAAUCACUACGAGCUUGAUAUGUAUGGUGGCACAAUCUUGGCUUUAGCAAGCAACAAUGCAGUCAACACUAUCGAAGAUCUGAAAGACAAGGUGAUUGCAGGACAGGCCUUCUCUGUGUUUGCUGCUGGACAAUCACAGUUCUAUGUCAUGCACAAGGCUGGACUUGAUUACAUCAUGGAUCCAAAGCAAGUCAUCUUCACAGGUAAUCAUGAUGAAACGGUACAGGGCGUCCUCAGCGGGAAAUGGGACGUUGGCUUCGUUCCAUCUGGAAGAGCUGAACGCACUGUCGAUGAGGCAACCGGUGAAUACAUUGACUCUAAUCUAUUCAAGGUUAUUGAGCCGAAGAUUGCUAUAAUGAACAAUGGCGAUCUGUUCCCAUUCCUUCAUUCGACGCCGGUCUUUCCGGAGUGGCCCUUGUUUGCCAAGGAAGAAGUAGAUGGUAUCGUCUCCGAAGAAGUAGCAAUUGCCAUGAUGGAAUUUGGCGCACACAAGAGAGUUGGGACACUGAUGCAUCAAUGCAUGGAAGAUGCUGAAACUGCUGAGGAAUUGGAACUCUGCAACACGAUGCCCCCAGUAUACUUUGAUCCUGCUGCCCGCUGUGACACGACACGAGAACUGGCAGAACUAGCAUAUCAGGCUGGGACAUCUGGUCAUCAUUCUGGUAUGCGGCCGGCAAAGUCUCACUUCCAAGUGAGAACAAUGCAGCAAGAUGCAGGCUUUAUCAUCCGAGAUGACAUAAACAGCGAAUGGCGCUGCGAACGAGCUUCGAAAACGUAUGACGGUAUCACGUGCCCAGAAGGCCACUACAAGAUUGCGGAGCACCAAUUCGACACACACUGUGACAACAAAGGCUUACCAUGUCCUGAAGGUGCCACAUGCUACUGCCGACCUUGUGUCGAGGCUUACGAGGUCGAUGUGUUUCCUUGGGACACUGAGAUCGAUGGUGUUGUAACCGAAGAUCGCGAUAGGUGUGACAAAAUGAGUCUGUGUGCCGAAGCGGAACAGAACGAAGAAAUUCGUAUCCAUGCAUACGAUAACUUGCAGCGCUCGAAUGCAACAGUGACGGCCUUGGUGCACCUUGGUCAGGAAUCAAGGUAUCUUGAAGUGAUACAUAAUGCUGGUGGAUUCAAUCAGUACGAAUUCCUGUUUUUGCAUAGAAAGAGGGGUGUCGCUAUUCUGGAAGUCUUCUUUGAUGGAGUCCAAAUCCCAGAAUCACCAUUCCGAAUUCAAGUGACAGAAAAGAAAUGUGCAAUACGGGGAAUGGUAGCGAGCGAAGAUGGUGUUUGUGAAUGUUCAUCCAGCGCCAUCGACAUCUUUGGGGAAUGUGUUUCGGAAGGAGUAUUUGCUGGAGUUGUCUCUGGCAUUUGUGUUAUGAUUGGCUUUGUUGUUGCGCUGUUCUACAUUGCGUACAAGAAGAAAAAGAACGACGAAGUUUGGCACGUGAACGUGGAAGAAUUACACUUUAAUCACCCAGUCGAAAUCGUCGGACAAGGCGCAUUUGGUGUCGUCUUACUGGCUGAGUAUCGUGGCACAAAAGUUGCAAUCAAGCGAGUUUUAGCGAAAAAGGACAAGAGCACGAGAAGUGGCUCUGUUGCGAGCAUAGGUAGCGUCGGUGCCCGAAGUGUAAGCGAAGAUGGCGAGCACGAAGACGUUGAGACCGGCGAAACACCUGGUACAACAAGCGGUGCUGGAGGCACAGCUAGUGGGACAACCUCAGGCUUCGGUGAUCUUGACUUCUUGGGAGGAUUCAGCUUCAAUGGAAGGAAGAGAGGGCGACUCAAUCGCUUGUUUGGACGGGGUUACAAGGAUUAUUCAGCGAAGCUCAAUUUGAGCAUCCUUGGUUCAGUGUCAGCUAAAGGCUCAACGUCGCAGGGAAUUGCCACUUGGCUGUUCCCAUCGUGCAACGAGACUGCUCGUCGUCAUGAGGAAUUCAAGGAAGAAAUGAGGCUUCUAUCAAGGCUUCGGCAUCCUUGUAUUACAACGGUGAUGGGAGCCGUGAUGAAUGGAAUCGAACCCAUGAUGGUAAUGGAAUACAUGGAAAAUGGGUCCUUGUAUGACCUUCUGCGCAACGAGUCUUUCUUCAUGGGUGGAGAAAUCAUCUUGCAAGUUGUUCGCGACAUUGCCCAGGGUCUACUUUUCUUGCAUUCUUCGAAGCCUGCGAUUCUUCACGGUGACUUGAAGGCAAAGAAUAUCCUUAUCGAUUCUAGGUUCCGUGCGAAGGUUUGCGACUUUGGAUUGGCAGUGAAGGGCAAGAACGAUCUGUCUGGAACUCUCUACUGGCUGGCACCAGAAUAUUUGCGAAGACGAUCAGAAUAUAAUGCUACCUGCGACAUUUACUCAGUUGGAAUGAUUCUAUAUGAGAUUUACAGCCGCAAGACACCAUAUGAGGGAGAGCAACUUCGUAAGGUCCUGCGGAAGGUGUGCGACCCACGCAUCAACUACCGUCCAGCUCUCCCAGGGACCUGCCCCAAGCGCAUGACCGAAGUCAUGACCCGGUGCUGGAGCAGCGAUGCAUCCUAUCGACAUCAAGCCAAGGACUUGGAUAUGAUCUUUGGCGAAAUGACUUCCCGUGACGCCGACCCUCUCUUGGAGGAGAGCAAUACACGAGUGAGGACCGAAGUGGCAACUGGCGACAUGUUGUACAAGGUGUUCCCAAAGAAGGUUGCUGACAAGCUUCGACACGGCGAGAAGGUGGAACCUGAAAAUCACGACAAUGUCACCAUCUUCUUCAGUGAUAUUGUUCGCUUCACCGAUAUUUCCCGUGCCUUGUCUCCUGUCAAGGUGUGCAAUAUGUUGGACCGACUGUAUCUUGCCUUUGAUGAGUUGUCGACGAAGCAUGGAGUUUUCAAAGUGGAGACGAUUGGCGACGCUUGGAUGGGUGUGACAAACUUGGAAGGAAACCAAGAAGGUUCUCACGCCAAGCGUGUUGCCGAGUUUGCAAUCGACGCCGUGGAAGCGGCUGGAAAGGUUUUGAUUGAUGCAGACGACCCUUCUGCAGGCCACGUCCACAUUCGCGUCGGUCUCCAUAGUGGUCCAGUCGUCAGUAAUGUGAUUGGAUCAUUGAAUCCGAGGUAUGGUCUCUUUGGAGACACUGUGAAUACCGCCUCUAGGAUGGAAUCUCUGUCUGUGAGUGGUCGCAUUCAAUGUUCCGAUGCUGCAGCCAAUUUUUUGAAGGAACAAGCUCCUGCAAUGCCUCUCUUGAGGCGCGGCAAGGUUGCAGUCAAGGGGAAGGGCAAUAUGGUAACCUACUGGGUUGGCAACUCUUCGGAUCCAUCCAAGGCACUACAAGCGAAUGGAAUCGGUUCUUUUGAUGAUCCACGUCCUGUUGUGAACUUCCAAGAGAAGCCGCAAAUUCUCACAUCCCCAUCACCCAUUUUCCGCCAUCCCAUCACACCACAACGCCACGACCACAUUGCUGUGGACGAUCCUUCUCGUCGCACGACCAUGGCUGGUGCCCCCAGGUAUGAAAAAGAGCAAUCUCAGCCGCAUUCGGUUGACAAACCUACUGAAGCCGACAAGCGUGUGAUUAGCUUUCAACGAUCUCUUUCACAGUAG